CGGCAGCUGCACGCCCAACCCGAGGCCCGGGAGGUGGUUGGGGAGUGAAUUUUCUGGAAAGCGAUUUUAAAGGCGCCGGGCCAGAGUGAAGGGCGUUUCAGUGCUGCCGCCGCCUGGUCCGGAAAGGGGGCGCGCUUUGGUGGCAGGAAGCGUGUGCGCCGAGGUCGUCGCGGAACCAGCUGGUGACCCCGCAGGAUGAACCACAAGAGCAAGAAGCGGAUCCGCGAGGCCAAGCGGAGUGCGCGGCCGGAGCUGAAGGACUCGCUGGACUGGACCCGGCACAACUACUACGAGAGCUUCUCGCUGAACCCGGCGGCCGUGGCGGAUAACGUGGAAAGGGCAGACGCCUUACAGCUGUCGGUGGAAGAAUUUGUGGAGCGAUACGAAAGACCUUACAAGCCCGUGGUUCUGCUGAAUGCCCAAGAAGGCUGGUCUGCGCAGGAGAAAUGGACUCUGGAGCGCCUGAAAAGGAAGUACCGGAACCAGAAGUUCAAAUGUGGGGAGGACAAUGAUGGCUACUCCGUGAAGAUGAAGAUGAAGUACUACAUCGAGUACAUGGAGAGCACUCGAGAUGACAGCCCCCUUUACAUCUUUGACAGCAGCUACGGUGAACAUCCCAAAAGAAGAAAACUUUUGGAAGACUACAAGGUGCCCAAGUUUUUCACUGACGACCUUUUCCAGUAUGCGGGGGAGAAGCGCAGGCCCCCUUACAGGUGGUUUGUGAUGGGGCCACCACGCUCCGGAACCGGAAUUCACAUCGACCCACUGGGAACCAGUGCCUGGAAUGCCUUAGUUCAAGGCCACAAGCGCUGGUGCCUGUUCCCUACCAGCACGCCCAGGGAACUCAUCAAGGUGACCCGUGAAGAAGGAGGGAACCAACAAGAUGAAGCUAUUACCUGGUUUAAUAUUAUUUAUCCCCGGACACAACUUCCAACCUGGCCACCCGAAUUUAAACCCCUGGAAAUCUUACAAAAACCAGGAGAGACUGUCUUCGUACCAGGAGGCUGGUGGCACGUUGUCCUCAAUCUUGACACCACCAUUGCCAUCACACAGAAUUUUGCCAGUAGCACCAACUUCCCUGUUGUUUGGCACAAGACGGUAAGAGGGAGACCAAAGUUAUCGAGGAAAUGGUAUAGGAUCUUGAAGCAAGAGCACCCCGAGUUGGCGGUCCUGGCCGACUCCGUUGACCUUCAGGAAUCCACAGGGAUCGCCUCAGACAGCUCCAGCGACUCCUCCAGCUCCUCCAGCUCCAGCUCGUCCGACUCAGACUCAGAGUGCGAGUCAGGGUCUGAAGGCGACGGGACGAUGCACCGCAGGAAGAAGAGGAGGACGUGCAGCAUGAUGGGAAAUGGGGACACCACCUCCCAGGACGACUGUGUGAGCAAAGAGCGCAGCUCCUCCAGGAUUAGGGACACUUGUGGAGGCCGUGCUCACCCCUGAGCAGAUAAAGACACUCCCUGAGGUGGCUCCUGUGUCAGCUGCUGGUGGCCACCCGGCUCCGUUUUCACGUCUUCUGCUCUUCCCUUCUCCUUUGUCUCUGAAUUUGGAUCAUCUUUCUCUGGUCCAAGCUUCUGUCUUCAGUCGAACGCUGUUUUCACUGCUCACUAAGACUAGAUUGUCAAGAAGUGUAAAAAUUCGGCAAGCUCAGUGAAACGCUGCAGGCCGACGGGAUGUUGGGUGAGAAGGUUCUGCGCCGUCUCCUUUAAAACCCAGCUGGGCGACUACAAGGCUGGAGGGUCGCGAUCCUCUGACUGUCUCGUUGCAUCUGGCACCUCACUGAUGUUGGUGCGGAACUUCCACUGUCCACAGAGCCGGCUGCACACACGCAGACACCGGAAGUGGUGAGUGGACUUGGAUUUGUGUGUGAACCAGUUACACGUAAGAAGUGCCACACGUGCCACCUUCCCACGCGUCACCAUCCAUCCAAAGACGCAGUCGGUGGCAGUAACCCAGCCGGCGUGCGCAGCUCCAAUCGCCACUGCCUCCUGCUGUGUUAGGAUCUGCUCCCUUUCUCCGCGGUCAGAGGGGCUGUGAAAUUCCAGGGAUGGGCUUGUGUGGCAUAUUCUGGGCAGGGAUGACACAUCGGGGUUUUUUGUUUAUGAACAGAGUGGGAAAGGUGUUCAGUGUGUUCUUACCAUAGAACUUAAAUUAUACAUAGGGGCCAGUUCCAGUGUUGAAUUUUUAAUGGAGCGUUUAGCAUUUCCUGAUGCCGGGUGGGUCAUGUGGCUUUUGUCUAGGAGGCUGGUCCCUAUUGUGCCCUAGACCAGUUUUCUGCAUCCUAAAAUGCCUACCUAAACACGUGGCUGGUUUGGAUGGGGAGCUUCUGUUACCUUCCUGGCAUCGGCACCUGUCGUCCCACCUGCCCAUGGUGCUGCUCUCCCCUCCCCCACCGGGCACCCAGGCUGGAGCAGCAGCCUCUGCUUCCAGGGUGUGAGCGAAGCCAAACCAUGAAAGCAUAGUCAUUGUAUAAAUAUCUGAAUGGUGUUCCUCCUUUUCGAAAACCUUUUUGUGCUAUCUUCAAAAUGGUUUUCUCUCUCUCUCAGUAUCGCUACCAGGCUGUCAACACUCACCUCUCAAAUUCAUACCCACCGUUCCCCUCAGCCAGUUUAAAGCAAAAAGCCAAACCAAAAGGCUGUUUGCCGCCAGGGGGCGUGGUGAGACGCGUUGCAGUGGCUGGGAGGGGCCAGGAGCAAUUUGAAUUUGAGAGAUUAGCCACCCCGGUUUCCUUCUCCAGAUGCCAAAUAAGAUUGUUUAAUAAACAACAUCCAGAAAUAAGGGAUCAGGGAUGAGCUGGUGAGAAAGGAGUGCAGUGGGGGCCAGGCCAUCAGGGUCGGGAAGGACAUGGGAACAAGGGGUCCAUCCACCUGUCCCAGAGUUAACCCACCACCCACCUGGCGUGAGCCGCUCCUGUGAGUGAAGGAUACAGCAUUAAACUGUUUUUCAGGACUGCUCUCCUACUGAUUUUAAAACCAGCAAGACGAGUCCUGAAAGAAGGGAUCGUGCACUAGUAACCGGAUGGGGAGGAGCAGGGUAGGCGUGACGGGAGCCGGGACUCAGGACAGCCAGGAUGUGGCGGGGGCUUCGGGGGUUUUGGGCAUGAGAAAGGCACCAGUGGUUCAUCAUCCGCCUCGAGUACCCAGUGCUGCACACAGGUGCCUCUAGGCUCUUGAGUAGGACUGUGAUGUAUAACGUGACACCUUUGAGGGGAGAGCCACCCAAAAAGGGACAUUCUUCCCAUUUUGCUCGUUUGCAGAUGCCCUUUCAUUCAGCAGAUGUUUGGGUGCCAGCAGGCGCUGCGCUAGGUGCAGGCGAGGUAGCAGUGACAAGCCCAGACCUGGUGGAGCCUAAUGGGCAGUGAAUGUGCUGCUGUUCACAGGGCCGCUGGUCUGGGUAAGCAGAGCUGUGCUCAGAUUUUCACGCCCGGAAAAGCAAGUUCAGACCUUAUUAAAUGCAAGUUUACGAGAUCUUCAUAAAAGAACAUAAUUAUCAUGAUAACUGUAUUCUUCACUUAGUACGUGGCUUCUUUGUAAAUUAGCUAAAGGUGUUUAAACUAAGGAUCAGCGAGAAGGUUGCCGGUGCAAGUGCUUUGCAAACUUACUAGAGGUUCAGCCUUGAUGUGGUUUAGGACUUUAGGCAAGAGUGUGGGAUGGAACAGGAGUUUUGCAUAAAUGUAAAAAGUGCUGUCUAGGAGGUAGGCGGAUAAGCAUGCAGCUUAGGUUCCUUGAAUUGUGAGUCGCCUUCCACACGGAAGUUGUUCGUCAUGUGGGCUCCAGCCCUGCCGAUCGUUCCACGUGGAGUCUUAUUUCUCCUCACACUCCCCCUCCCUGGCUUCCGUCAAGAUGUGACAUCGAUGUUACGUUGAGUACAGCAAAACUACACGAACUACAUGUGUGCCCUCGGGUGGUGGCUCCCAACUUUGUUUACUGUUCGUUCAAAAACUUGAAACAUCCGGCCCCCACCGAAUCCCCCAGGAGCACUGGCCCAGGCUGGCUGUCUCGCGGGUAACUGGACAGGCAGAAGCACCAGGGCUGUGCUGAGGGCCCCGUGCCUCUCGCAGCUGUCAAACCGAACACUGAGCAGCCUCUGGUUCUGUCCGUCUCGCCGUGGGGUCCACCACGAAAUGCCUGUGGUUCUGCCAUUUGAUUGGUAUUUUUAACUUUCACUUGGAUGAAACUUGUUCAUCAUUUUCAAUAAAGCAACUUGAUUUGGA